CUCUGCAAGAGCACCAUGACUAGGCGACUUAGGCCUCUGGUGAAGAAAAACCGAUUACUUGUCGGCUUGCCUUUUUCUAAACUAUUUUACCAGUGUUGUUAAUGCGUAAAAGUCUUAUAAUCCUAAUCCUGCCGAUGAGUCGUUCUGCCGCGCAGGAGUUCUCUUAACAACAGCAACACAGUUUGUGGACCUCAAUUGACGACGCGAGACGCGUUCCCUCGAUGUAUCCCGUCUGCAACCUCCCAACCCACGUCAAAGAUUCGCCGUUGCAUUUGAACACACCACAACCUGCCAUGACCGACGAGUGCCAACGACAAAACACUGGCCCCAAACCAGAGCGCAGAACCGAGAUUUGACAUUUCCCUGCCGCCGCCAUGUCCGGCCGAUUUCCCGACACUCAAUUCUCGGAACGCGUCGUUACCGACGAGCAAAACACAGCCAAUCCUUCGGGUGUCGGUGCCGUGGAUCGUUUCAGCUUCCUCCGGCUACGGGGCGGUGACAGUUUACACGGCUUUGACCAGGGCGAGGACGGCGCCUCAUCAGACGAAGACCAAGUCCAGGCCACACCAAGACGAGCAGCCGCGUCCCGAUCUCGAAAUGGCGCCUCGAACUCCGAGUUUCAGCCCGGCGCUAUCGUCCGAGUCAAGGUCCAGAACUUUGUCACGUACGAGGAGGCCGAAUUCUUUCUCGGACCGAACCUGAACAUGGUCAUCGGGCCCAACGGAACAGGGAAAAGCUCCCUCGUGUGCGCCAUCUGCUUGGGCUUGGGCUACGCUUCCAGUGUCUUGGGGCGAGCCAGCGCGUUUGGCGAGUUCGUCAAGCACGGCAAAGACGAGGCCGAGAUUGAGGUGGAACUCCAGAGGAAGCCGGAACAUGCCGAAAAUUAUGUGGUCGGACUCUGUAUCAGACGGGAGGACAACAGUAGGAAAUUCACCAUCAACGGCCAAAGAGUGUCCCUCAAGCAGAUCCAGAAGCUCAUGCGGUCGCUCAGAAUCCAGAUCGACAAUCUGUGCCAGUUUCUGCCCCAAGAUAAGGUGGCCGAGUUUGCUGCCCUCACCCCGGUCGAGCUACUCGACAAGACGCUCCAUGCGGCCGCCCCCGAGGAGAUGAUCGAGUGGCGAGCCGAGCUCAGGGAGUACUUCAAGCUGCAAAAGGAGACCGAGCAAAGCGGGGAAAAGAUCCUUGAAGAGCUGCGCAAGAUGGAGGCCCGCCAGCUAGUUCUUCAGGCUGAUGUUGAGAAGCUGAGGGAAAGGAAACAAAUCCUAGAAGAAAUCAAGAGCCUCAACGAAUUGAAAGUCGUUGUCAAGUACUACGACGCCCGAAAGAAGUACAAGGAGACAAAGGAUCGGAAAGUUGAAGCCGAGCGGUCCCUCAAGCGGCUCCAAAACAGCGUGGCCCCUGCGCUCGAAGCCGUCAACAAGAAGCAGGAGUACCAUUUCAAGGUCAAGCUGGUCGUCACGGACAGGCAGCAGCGACUGCAGGCUGCCGAGGCCGCGGCGGAUGCCGCUAUCGGUGAAGUCGAAAGUGCCCAGGCCAAGUGCCAAGAGCUGUCCGGCAGAAAAGAGGCGGAACGCGUGAACUUCUCGGCCAAGAAGCAGGAGCUCGGCCGACUAAGGAAGAGAAUCACGGAUCUGGAGGCCGACUAUCGCCGAGCGCCCAGGGAGUUUGAUGCUGCAGAUUGGAACAGAAGAAUCCGAGAGCAAGAGCACCUGGAGCGCGAACAGCAGGCUGAAGCUGGAGCAGUGGUUGAGGAGUUGCAGGAGUUGCGGGCGAAGGGAAGCGAAACCCGAUGCCAGAUUGACAGACUAAAGUUGAGUCUGCAAGAGCUGGAAUCACAACAAGGGCAACUCCUCACCCAGCUGAGGAGGAUCAGCCCCGAUGUUGCCAAGGGCUGGGAGUGGCUGAAGGAGAACCAGGACGGCUUCGAGAAGGAGGUCUUUGGCCCUCCUAUGCUAACAUGCUCGGUGAAGGACAAGCGCUACACCGACCUCGUCCAAUCCAUGCUGCAGGCUGACGACUUUCUGUGUUUUACGGCCCAGACCAAGGAGGACCACAAAAAACUCAGCGAUCAGUUCUACAGCAAGAUGGGGCUCUCUGUCACGAUUCGCUCCUGUUUCACAGCGUACAGUUCGUUCAAGCCGCCUCUGCCAAGGGAAGCGUUACCCAACCUCGGGUUCGACGGCUAUGUCAACGACUAUCUGGAUGGUCCGGAACCGGUUCUCGCUAUGCUGUGCUCCGAGAAGAGACUGCACGCAUCGGCCGUCUCGCUUCGAGACAUAUCGGACGAGCAGUUCGAGCGGAUCCAGCGGGUCGAAAAUCUCACUCAGUUUGCGGCAGGGAAGCAAGUCUACCGCAUAACCCGCCGAAGAGAAUAUGGGCCAGGGGCCGUCUCCACGCGGGUGACCCAGUUCGCUAAGGGCCGAUUCUGGGCUGAUCAGCCGGUGGUGGAUGCAGCUGAAAAGACUGAGCUCCAGAGAAAAUUGGGGGAGCUCAGGGCGCAGCUUGCCGCUGUGAAGGAGCAAUUUGAUUCCAAGGAGGCACGCAAGAAGGAGUUAGAUGCGGAACAGGCUCAAAUAAAGGCCAAGAUUAAUGAACUGCGGGCGGCGAAGAGCGAGCUCCAACGCGAGUACACAAAGUGGCAAGCAUUGCCGGACAAGAUAGAGUCGGAAAAGAAGGCUCUAGCACGGGCUGAGAAAGAACUCAUGGAAUGCAAAGGUCGGAUAUUCGGGAUCGAAAAGCUUCACGAUCAAGCGGUUCUAGCCAAGGCCAGGGCGAUCCUCCGGCACCACAAGCAGAUCGAAGGCAUUCGAAAAGCACGUCAUGCUCUGCUUGAGGCGCAGGUUAUCCUAAUGGAAGCCGAGUCCGACGUGGGCGUUCUGAAAGCUAAGAAUUCUGAUGUCACCCAGCGGCUUGAGGAGAACAAACAGUCCCUCAAGAGGAUUAUGGCAGAGAUGAAGGAGCAACGCGCUAUUGCUGAGGAGGCUCAAAAGCACGCCGUCGCUAUCUUGACGGAAGACAACAAGGAUGAGCUGGCGGCCAAAGCCCAAGACAAGACAGUUGAGGACGUCGAGCAAGCCAUCCAGGUGGAGAAGGCCAAACUCGAGGUCAUCCAGGCCAGCAAUCCGGCUGCGCUGGAGGAGUACGAACGAUACGCGGCCAAGAUCCAAAGGGAACGGGCCAACCAGGCGAAUCAGGAGGCAAGACUGGCAGAGCUCAACGACAAGAUCAACACUAUCAAGAGCCAGUGGGAGCCGAGGCUGGACCAGCUCGUGAGCCAGAUCAACGACGCCUUCAGCUACAACUUUGAGCAGAUUAACUGUGCAGGUGAGGUCGAGGUGCACAAGGACGAAGACUUUGAGAAGUGGGCCAUUGAGAUCAGGGUCAAGUUCCGUGAGAACGAGACGCUCCAACGGCUGGACCAGCACCGGCAAUCGGGCGGGGAGCGGGCCGUCUCGACCAUCUUCUACCUGAUGGCGCUGCAGUCGAUGGCGCAGGCGCCGUUCCGCGUCGUCGACGAGAUCAAUCAGGGCAUGGACCCGCGCAACGAGCGCAUGGUGCACGAGCGCAUGGUCGAGGUGGCCUGCCGCGAGCACACGAGCCAGUACUUCCUCAUCACGCCCAAGCUGCUGUCGGGGCUGCGGUACGACGAACGGAUGCGGGUGCACACCAUUGUCAGCGGCGAGCACGUGGACAAGAAGGGCACGCAGAAGAUGAACUUUGCGAAUUUUGCCAGGAUCCAGAGGAGGUUGCUAGGGCGGUAGGGGGAAUAAGAAGGGGUGAGGUGGUAUGAAUACAAUGUCUCUUCUACUGGGGUCAGACGGAUUAUACCCAAGAAUCGCUCCUGUCUAAGAGCGAUUGAAAGAGCUGAAGCCCGCUUCCUAGACAUGUACGCUAGCAGUACCUCGCUGCUGAGGCUGGACGGCACGCAGAAACUGUCAGGAUGACAUGCGUCCAUUAGAAGACUGGGAGAAUGGCUCGUUCGCGUCGGGCUGAAGGGUGUGUGCCAAGAUAUGGACAAUGCUAUGACGUCACAGUUCGAG